ACAAUAAUCAAGACAUUCAUAACUACAAAGAUGUUACUGUUUCCACACAUCAACUGAUACACUGAUCACUGAUAGUAUUAGUAGUAGUUGACCAACAAAGUGUUAAACUCUUACCUCCGAUGAAACCGCAGCCAUCAGUUAGUCGCGAUGACCUCACAAUUGAUGAUAAGUGUAUAAACAAUAAAGUGAUUACAAGUAAWGAUUGCUUUGACUCGACAACCAAUUCAUAUAUUUGUCGGCAAAAUAAUUGUARCAAAUCUAUMAAAAAUUUGAAGAUAUUUUUGUCGCACCAAAAGAUAUGUAAACCCAUUGAAAAGAUUCAAAAAAAGAAACUGAUUUUUGAUAAAAAUAGUGGAAAAUUUAAGUGUCGUUACGAUGGCUGCGAUAAGAAAUUUYAUUGGAGAAGUGGUCUGCGAAUCCACGAAAGGAUAUAUCACGAAAGKGAUACAACAAAGUGGUUGUAUUGUCAGUACACUGACUGUCAGUUUCAAUGUCUUAGCGAUCACCAAAUGAAAGUACAUCUCAAUGGCAAACAUUCUGAAGUUAAGUCAUUUGUCUGUUCCWACAGUGGAUGUACUAAAGCAUUCAAAACAUUACAAAAUUUAAAAAAACAUUCACUUAGUCAUCAAAAUAUUGUAAUCAAAUAUAAUGGUUGUCAACGAAAUUACAGAAAUAAAUAUUCUUUGAUGAGAGAUAUGGACGAACAACACGGCUGUGAACCGACACUCGUAUGUCGGGUAAAGGGAUGUCUGGAAAAAUUUAUUACCGAUAAAGAGAGACAAAAGCAUCAUAAGUUAAACCAUAAUAAAGUAAGGUUUAGGCCAAUGAAACGGUGCAAUUGGCCCGGCUGUGAAUAUUUUGGUACUGUAAUGUCCAGUCAUAUGCAGGUUCAUACGGGAGAGAAACCGUAUGCGUGUGUUUGGCCACAAUGUGGCAAACGGUUUAGACAUUCGACUAAACUCAACGAUCAUAUGAAUAUACAUAAUAAUGUUAAGCCGUAUGCGUGUCGUUGGCCCGGUUGUGACUACCGGAGCGCUGAUCAUUCAAAUAUUAACAAACAUAUUAAACAAGUGCACCAAAAGAGCAACAAUUGA